AAUGGCUGACGAGGAGAUUUCAAAAUUGCUCAGAAAAACUGCAAUUUAUGUAUUAUGUAUCAUGUUAGUAUACUAGAUUACUGUAAGAAUGGCAGAGUCCAAAUCUAAGACAUAUUUUGAACAGCUUACAUUUGGAGUUGUGAAAUCAUUGGACAAAAGGAAAGGAAUAUGUGAUGUUCGUUUAAUUGAGAAGACGCCUGCAGAGCGCCAUACAGUAAUAUCCUGGGAGCAGAAGCACUCAUGUUUUCUACCAGAAGAUGUUAAAAGUUUCUUCUUAACAACAGAUGGACUUGUCUUGAAAUGGAGUGUCAAAGUCAAUGAUUCCGUAUUACCAAUUGGUCGAGUAGAGAUUAAUGGAAUAUCAGGUCUUACUAAAAUAGCCCCAGGGAAUUCCAUAACUGCAGCAAAGGGGGCACCAGACCUUAAUGAUAUAGAAUCUUCAGAUGAAGAAACAGAAGGUGAUGAAACCAGCUAUCCAAGGUUCAACCCCUCAUGUCGCAUAUUUGAACUAGAUCCAUGUGGUGGCUUUGGAAUGGUUUGCUUGGUGUACAGGAACACAAAACCAGGUGUCCCAGCUCAUGACCCAGAGAUUUGGUUUAUGGACCGAGCAUACAGAUGGCACUUUCUCGCUGACAACUUCACAGCAUAUUUCCGACUGAUGGUUGCCCAUGUUGGAUUGCCUCAAUGGCAGUAUGCAUUUACAGACAUUGGCCUCAGUCCUUUUGCAGAGCAAUGGUUCAAUGUAUAUGCGCCCUUACGUAUGGGGCUAGACAGCGGGGACUACUCUGAGAAUUAUGAGGAAACUGGCUUAGAGGAUACACCCAACCCCUGUCUUGAUGUUGGAAAAGUCUUUAAAGGAAAAUCAGAUAAAAAAAAGCAGGCUGCAUCCUCAGGUCAGGCAGGUAAAAAGAAACCUGGGCCCCCUUCAACAACUCAGGUCACUAAUAAGCCUGGAAGUGGGCCAUCAGCAACAAGAAGUCAACCAACCACUUCACAACCACAAUACAAAGCUGUAUCUAGGUAGCACACAUAUGUGGUGUGUCAUGAUGAACUAUGUGGUGUCUCAUGAUGAAUUAUGUGGUGUUUUAUGAUGAA